CUCAAAACCACCUUACCAACCACUAUCAAACAUGCCUCGUGACGGAUCUGGAGCUGGUGACAACGCCAUUGAGGCUGGUCACAACAUCGUUCACGGCGAUGCUGGCGGCGCCGCAUCCACCGGUGUCGACCGCAGCAACAAGGCUGCCCCCAUGCCCGAAAUUGAGAAGGGCGACUCCAUCGAGGGCAUGAACGCCUCCGGCGGUGGUCUCUCCGGUGCCACCCUCACCUCCACCGGCCAGGGUGGCAACAAGGAGCCCUUCGUCGAGAAGGAGGCCGAGAAGCACCAAUAAGCUACUCGCUCUACUUUCACCUUUCACGAAACAAAACACCAAUCGCCAAUAUCAACGGCUUGGAGGAAAUCUUUGUACGACCUAAGCAAAGAACAAUCUGUUGCUAUGGAUUAAGAGACAUUGGCAAGAGCCAUCGCUCUCUUGAGGAUGACAAUGCUGCUUUGAAAGUGGUGCACCCUCUCACGUAAUCAAGAUACGACUUUUACGAAAGAAUCAAGUUUCAAAAACACCC